UACCUGCGGAAAAUCCCAGGAAAAUCAAUACUAAUGAGCCAUUAAACGUGGCCUCAGCUGCACUCGGCCGUAGUCUAAUGAGCUGAGCGACGGCGGAAAUUGAAUGUUGGCUCUAACCAAGCGGCUGCAGCAGGAAAUCACAUCAGCAUCGUUUCUAGCCAUCUCUCCGCCGAACGGAAACGUUAAAGGUAGCACUAAAACGGAAGUCUUAGGCGUAAUGCCUUGCGCCUGAGUGGAUGCGUAGCAUGGGCUGCUCCAGUUCCAAGUCCACCACCGUAGACGACACCAAGUCACCAAAGCCCGUUUCAGCCAAGUCAACCAAAACUAAAAUGGAGUACCCUGCAUCGGAGGCCUUUACCAUUCCGUUGGAGAACGAUGACAAUCCGGAGAUGCCGCUAAACGAGACUCUGCGACAGCCACCGAAGAGGAUUCAGCAGAUGAUGCAGGAGGCAGCCAGCUCGGAGCCACCAACUCUCGAGGAGCUGGAGGACAAGCAGCAGAAGGCCGAGCAGAGGCGGCAGGAGCUGAUGCAGCAGAAACUGGAGAUCAUCCAGAAGAAUGCCCAAAUGCUGAUGAGGAGCCACGGGGAGAACCCAGACGAAGGCGACCGCAAUGAGGCCGAGGGGGAGGAGAACCAAGAAAAGGACUAAAUACACGAGUAAACUUCUUUUUCAUUCACAUUUUUAUUGUUAGCUUUAAAUUAUAUAUGUAUUACUAUAUAUCGUAGUAUAUUUCCAAACAAUUAGAUUGUAUGCAAUUAAAUCUGCUCUCAUCCUCAAAAUGCUGUCCCUCUGCCCUCGCUCUGUAAUCCUAUGUCAAACCUUUCGCUGGUAGUCAAAAACGUGAUCUAUUUGUAAUCGAGUGUCCGGCCUGGGCCGAGAUUAUAUAUGUACGUCUAAAGGCUAUAUGUAGGUAAGGUAUAGGUAUUUGGAUUGGUUUGCUCGACUCGCGAUUGGCUUUGUCGGAUAUAUAUUGUUUGCAGUACUAUAUGCUUCUUUAGGAUGUGUGUGCGUGGUUGUAAAUCAUGUCUUUUGGGUUUGUUGGUUGGUUUACACUUGUUCUUGUUCUUGUUCUUGUUCUUGUUGCUCUUUACUUUAUAUUAAACGUCGUAUUCAUAUAUAUGUACUUGUAUAUAUCGUAUCGUUUAGGUAUAAAUAUGCGUAUGGUGUCACAGACACUACAAACGUCGCUUUGAUUUCGGCUUGAUUCGCGUCCAGACCCCGAUUCCGUCUCACUCGGAUAUACUUGGGCCAACAAUUUGUUAAUAUUUCAAUUAGUUACCUACACACUCAUUAAAAAUGUUCGCUCCCCGAUCGCAUCGAAUAUAUGGUAGUACCUGGAUGUCGUUUGCUUACACUGUAUGUAUUUUACUCUUCAUAUGCUUUAAAUAUGCUUGCGGUUUGCUAUUAGUUAGUUACUUGAAUUGGUGCACUUCGAAGAAGCAUUUGGUUUAAUAGCUAUGAGUUGUGGUACGAUUCGAGGAUGUUGUCCAAAGAGAUGGUCCGCCAGUCGUUGGAUUGGCCACUUUCAGCACAACCUAGUGGGUUAUUUAAAUACUAUUCCGUCUAGUGAUCCUGAUCCUGAUCCUGAUCCUGAUCCCUGCCCCUUUCCCGCCCUAUGUCCGUGUCCCUGAUCUUCCCCCAACUGGGCCAUCUCUUCGACACACGCCCGAACAUAUUGCUUGCGUUACGGUUGUUACUCUCGGUUUUAGACCGUCCCCCGUCCUCGGGAGGGCUUCCUCGUCAGUUACAAAAGGUUUGUUCUUAGUUGUUGAACCAUGGUGGGUUGCGUUCUUAAUACAUACAAAUACUCGUAAUUUUAUACAUACAUAUUCAGAUAUAUUCGCAGGUUUCUGUCUGCAAGUUUUACUUUUGGUUUGGUUUUGGUAUCUACGCACAUGUACAAAAAAACUGAUUCAAACUAUCGAAAACGAGCAGUACAAUCACAAUAUUCCCCUACGAUUAAAUACAUAUCAUGUCAUAUCAUAUAAUCAUAUAACCCCCCAACCUACACAACGAAAUUCGGAACGAGAACAUAACGUUUCCACUGGUUGGCCAAGAUGCAACCGCCAUUCGUUGCCUGCGGAACCUAAUCCUUCCUACUUUGAACUUGUAUUAAAGCUUUUUGGGUUUCUGCCUCUCUGCCUC